AUACCUUCUAAACACAUGUGGUCAAACGAAAAAAAUCCACCAACAAAGCAGCCCCACAGCUCCAAAUGAAUUGGAUACAUUCAUAACAUCCAUCACUGUAAUUUGAUUGAAACCUUACAAAAAUUGAUGUUACAUCAAUAAUGAAAGCCUCCCUACCCAUUAAAUUUCUUCAAGUGAAAAUACUUCCACAAACAACAGUCAUAUUUACUAACAAUCUCAUCUCAACAGCUUGGUUUGUUUGUAGGGUUGAUUAGAGGAGAGAUGAGUAGGCACAAUCAAAUAUGGUUGAAUCAGGAAAGAUUGGACGGUCCACAAUCUCUGUCCCUCUCGAAUAAGGUAUGAUCACGUGACUCACACACUCAUGAUUCGGCGUUUUUCAUGAUCAUACUAAUCAACCAUCUCUCACCGUCUGAUCACAACCCAACCUCCAUUUUCAUCCCUUGAUCACCUUCUUAUCCUUAAUACUUCCAUUCUUCCUUUGCCUCUCUAAUCUGUCUCUUAUUAUAGUACACAAACCCCCUUUUUCCCCCUUUUCUCUAUCUGAAAAUCACCGCAGAAUCAAAAAGACCAGGCUUUUGAAGCAACAUUUGUGAAAAUGGAAAAUGGGGUAGUAAUGGUAGACAACAAGAUUGCGGAAGAAAGAGUUGCCAAUGAGGAAGUGGAGGUGAGGGUUGCUGGGGAUUCCGGUGAAACAAAAGAACCGGUAGAUGAGGUUUUUGGGGAGGCAAUUGCAACACAGGAGAUUUUGCAAGAACAGGCAGAAAAACCUGGAGUGGAUGGCAGCAGUUUAGUUGCCGAUGCAAUUGGAAAUGUUGAGACAUUUGGUGAUACUGGUUCAGAGGUAGUUAAGGAGAAUUUGAAUUUAGAACCUAAAGAAGAGACCUUUCAAGAGGCUGUUGAGGUUCUAACUGAGGUUGGAGCUCUGGAGAAUGCAAUUCCAAGUGAGGUUGGAACUCUGGAGGUUGUGGCAGAGUCGGUGGACCAGCAGAAAGGGGAGUGUGUUAGUGGUGGUGUGGUGUUGGAUAAGAUUGACGAGGGAGGGACUGAAAUGGGCGAAAGGACUGAUGAAUUGAAUAGUGCGAAGGAAGUACCUGAAGUCAGUGGUACCAGAGAAACAGAAGUUCCAAGGGACAAGGAAAAAAGGAAUCUCAAGUUUGGUACAGUCAUGGAGAUGCCUGUAAAAGGAGAUACUUAUCAGGGAAAAGAGAGUACGGAGGUAAAAGGUGCCACAGCUGAUCUUGAUUCAGUAGAUGGUGGUGACAAAGAUGAAAAAGCAAAAAAGGCUUUUGCUGCUGCGGAGGAUACCAUGAAUGGAGAAGUAAAAGAUUUAUCUGGUGCUAGGGAUAUGAAGAAUAAUGGUGAGAUUGAUGAACUGAGAGAUAUGCUGUCUGAGCCAAGUAAAUCUGUUGAAGAGACAGUUGCUUCUGCAGUCGGGAACUUAUCCUCUUCAGAAAAGUUUACAGAUGAGAGGAAUGAGAAGAUUGAGGUUGGUAAAGCUGAUUUGAGAACAGAGGUUCAUGAUAGUUUUCAAUCUCGGCUCCCUGAUGAAAUGGUGGGUAAUAAAUGUCAAGAUAUUGAUUUUGUGACUGAACAAUCUGAUGAUAAAGCAGAGAAAAGUCAACAAAAUAAGCAAAGCACCCCAGUGACCCUAGAGCAGGAAGUGCAACAUGCUCCAGGAUCUUCAGUGUCUGCAAAAGCCAAAGAGAUUGGGAAGAAAGCAGACAUAACUCAGGAGCCUAAGACAAACACCUCUGUGACUAAAGAAUGUUUAAUUGUUCCUGCUCCGGCAUCAUCUGUUAAAUCUACAAACCUUGCUACCCCUUCUCAUCCUGCUGGCCUUGGGCGUGCUGCUCCGCUAUUGGAACCUGCCCCCAGGGUGGUGCAGCAGCCUCGUGUGAAUGGAAGUGUCUCUCAAGCACAGGCACAGGCACAGCAAAUUGAAGAUCCUGGUAAUGUGGAGGCUGAGGAGAAUGAUGAGACUCGUGAAAAGCUUCAGUUGAUUAGAGUUAAGUUUUUGCGGCUUGCAAAUAGGCUCGGGCAGACUCCCCAUAAUGUUGUUGUGGCACAGGUUUUGUACAGACUAGGAUUAGCUGAGCAGCUCCGGGGGAGAAAUGGGGGCCGGGUUGGUGCCUUCAGCUUUGACCGUGCAAGUGCUAUGGCUGAACAGCUUGAGGCAGCUGGAAAUGAACCCCUUGAUUUCGCCUGUACAAUUAUGGUCCUUGGGAAAACAGGAGUUGGUAAAAGUGCUACUAUUAAUUCAAUAUUUGAUGAAAUCAAGUUUGGCACUAAUGCUUUCCAGACUGGUACCAAUAAGGUUCAGGAUGUUGUGGGUACUGUGCAUGGUAUUAAGGUUCGUGUAAUUGACACACCAGGCCUUCUUCCUUCCUGGUCUGACCAAUGCCAGAAUGAGAAGAUCCUUCACUCUGUUAAGCGUUUCAUCAAGAAAACACCUCCAGAUAUUGUGUUGUACCUCGAUAGGUUGGACAUGCAAACAAGGGAUUUUGGUGAUAUGCCCCUUUUGCAUACCAUAACUGAUAUCUUUGGUCCAUCUAUAUGGUUUAAUGCAAUUGUGGUUUUGACUCAUGCAGCUUCUGCUCCACCAGAUGGUCCAAAUGGUACUGCUUCUAGUUAUGACAUGUUUGUCACUCAGCGUUCUCAUGUUGUACAGCAGGCUAUUCGUCAGGCAGCUGGGGAUAUGCGACUCAUGAAUCCUGUUUCGUUAGUGGAGAAUCACUCUGCAUGUAGAACAAAUAGGGCAGGCCAGAGAGUAUUGCCAAAUGGUCAGGUCUGGAAGCCUCAUUUGUUGUUGCUUUCCUUUGCAUCUAAAAUUCUGGCAGAGGCAAACACACUGUUGAAGUUGCAAGAUACUCCUCCAGGGAAGCCUUUUGCAACUCGAACAAGAGCACCUCCUCUACCUUUCCUUCUUUCAUCUCUUCUUCAAUCAAGACCGCAAGUUAAGCUUCCUGAAGAGCAGUAUGGCGAUGAGGAUGGAUUAGAUGAUGAUUUGGAUGAAUCCUCAGACUCUGAGGAUGAACCAGAAUAUGAUGAGCUGCCACCUUUCAAGCGGUUGAGUAAAGCACAAAUAGCAAAGCUUAGUAAAGCUCAGAAGAAAGCAUAUUUUGACGAGUUGGAAUAUAGGGAAAAGCUUUUUAUGAAGAAACAACUGAAGGAAGAGAAAAAGCGGCGAAAGAUGAUGAAGAAAAUGGCUGCUGCAGCCAAGGAUCUGCCAAGUGAGUACGGUGAAAAUGCAGAAGAAGAAAGUAGUGGUGCUUCUUCUGUUCCAGUUCCCAUGCCAGAUUUGGCGUUGCCUGCUUCUUUUGAUUCUGAUAAUCCAACUCAUCGCUAUCGUUCCCUUGAUUCCUCCAACCCAUGGCUUGUUAGGCCUGUUCUAGAUACACAUGGUUGGGAUCAUGAUGUUGGUUACGAAGGUAUUAAUGUUGAAAGACUGUUCGUUGCAAAAGAGAAAUUUCCUAUUUCUUUUUCUGGCCAGAUUACAAAGGACAAAAGGGAUGCCAAUGUCCAAAUGGAACUAGCCAGUUCUUUAAAGCAUGGGGAAGGUAAAGCAACUUCAGUGGGUUUUGAUAUGCAGACUGUUGGAAAGGAUUUAGCCUAUACACUGCGCAGCGAGACCAGGUUUAGUAAUCUGAAGAAGAAUAAGGCAACAGCUGGCAUCUCAGUUACACUCUUAGGUGAUGCACUAUCAGCUGGAGUGAAAUUUGAAGACAAACUGAUUGCUAAUAAGCAGUUCCAGGUAGUCAUGACUGGGGGUGCUAUGACAGGACGCGGCGAUCUUGCUUAUGGGGGCAGCUUGGAAGCACAAUUGAGGGAUAAAGAUUACCCUCUGGGUCGCUCCUUAUCUACACUUGGUCUAUCUAUCAUGGAUUGGCAUGGAGAUCUCGCCAUUGGAUGCAAUAUACAAUCACAGGUACCUGUUGGACGGUCUACAAACCUAAUAGCUCGUGCCAAUCUGAAUAACAAAGGCGCAGGACAAGUCAGUUUACGAAUAAAUAGCUCUGAGCAGCUUCAGCUUGCUUUGACUUCUCUCUUUCCAUUACUGAAAAAACUAUUUGACUAUUUCCAUCAAGUGCAGUAUGGACAAUGAUGAAAAUAGGUUUGCUACGGAAAUGACAUUUUUAAAAAUGGCCAUAUCUCUGUGGUCUUUCAAGAGGUGAGUGAAACAUUGAAAGUAAGGUGCUGAAAUUUCUAUAGUAUUUUUCUACCAUUUCUUUUAACUUUGCUGGAUAUGGUGAUUGUAGUUUCUUUGGUUAGAUAUUUUGCAUAAUAAGGUUAUUUUUGCUCCCAUGGAACCAUCCUCAAUCAAGAAUUGCUUCUUUUCUCACUUGCCUACAUUAUUAAAAUACUAUAGAAUAUAUGUAGCCAAAAUAUUCUACAAAUUGGUGAUGAUGAGGUGACAUUUCAAUAUUCAUCAGGGCCGGAAUUAGAAAUGUAGUGGCACAUGAUAAAAGAUCACUUGCACGGGGUUAAUUUGCAGGUGACAUUGCCUGUGGAUUAGCUUUUAUGGAGCGUAAAGCAGUGAUGAGGACGCCCCUAGUGGAACCCAUGAGGGCCCCUAUUCAUGUGUAACAGCUGCAAUUGAAUUGUAAGGGAGUUGAGAAGGGCAGUCGUGGCUUUCCUCAGGAGAGUUUUAUAGGGGUUUCCUCUCCCCUGAAGGUCUCCCCAAAGGGUCAUAUCAGUCCCAUUUCAAUUGGUGGCCAGUGGCCCAUGAAUAAGAGCAACCUUUGACUCAGGGUUCAGUACUCUCCAGUAUUAUUUGUACUCUGGCAUUGCCCAGUAUUCGGAAAAUAUAGUCACAACAGUGUCGUUGAUAACUUUUGAAUAUAAUAACUUCUGUUGUA